GAGGAUGCGGGCGGGGCGGGCGCGCUGCCGUUCCCGGGUCGGGCAGCUAGAGAGCAGUGCAGGGAGCGCCAGCCCGAGCCGCGAGCUCCCUUCCUGUGGGCAAGGCCGACAGCGGAGCCGAGCGCCGGCCGAGGCCCGGGCCGGCUGCCCCCGCUCCGCUCGCCCAUGGCGGAGACUAAGAUCAUCUACCACAUCGACGAGGAGGAGACGCCGUACCUGGUGAAGCUGCCCGUGCCGCCCGAGAAAGUCACGCUGGCCGAUUUCAAAAAUGUCCUCAGCAACCGGCCCGUGCACAGCUACAAGUUCUUCUUCAAGUCCAUGGACCAGGAUUUCGGGGUGGUAAAGGAGGAGAUCUCAGAUGACAAUGCAAAGCUCCCUUGCUUCAAUGGAAGAGUGGUGUCCUGGCUGGUCCUGGCUGAAAGCUCCCACUCUGACACAGGCUCCCAGUGCACCGAGAGCCACACGGACCUGCCACCACCCCUGGAGAGGACGGGAGGCAUCGGAGAUUCCCGGCCCCCAUCAUUCCAUCCCAAUGCUGCCAGCAGCAGGGAUGGCCUGGACAACGAGACAGGAACAGAAUCCGUGAUCAGCCACCGGCGGGAGCGGCACCGGCGGAGGAACCGGGAAGGGCACGAGGAUGUCCCCAGGAUCAAUGGGCACCCCAAGCUGGACAGGCACCGUGAGCACCCCCCUGGCUAUGACAGCUCCUCCACCAUGAUGAGCAGUGAGCUGGAGUCCAGCAGCUUCAUCGACUCUGAGGAUGAUGACAACACCAGCAGGUUGAGCAGCUCCACGGAGCAGAGCACCUCGUCCCGGCUCAUCCGGAAGCACAAACGCCGGAGGAGGAAACAAAGGAUGCGGCAGAUUGACAGGUCGUCUUCGUUCAGCAGCAUCACUGACUCCACCAUGUCCCUAAACAUCAUCACUGUCACACUCAACAUGGAAAAAUACAACUUCCUGGGAAUCAGCAUUGUGGGACAGAGCAAUGACCGGGGGGACGGUGGCAUCUACAUCGGCUCCAUCAUGAAAGGAGGGGCGGUGGCAGCGGACGGGCGCAUCGAGCCGGGGGACAUGCUGCUGCAGGUGAAUGAUGUCAAUUUUGAGAACAUGAGCAAUGACGAUGCCGUUCGGGUUUUACGGGAAAUAGUCUCCAAACCAGGACCUAUCAGCCUAACAGUAGCCAAAUGCUGGGACCCUACCCCCAGGAGUUAUUUCACCAUCCCCAGGGCUGAGCCGGUGCGGCCGAUUGACCCCGCGGCGUGGAUCUCUCAUACCACGGCCAUGACGGGAGCGUACCCCCGUUACGGUAUGAGCCCCUCCAUGAGCAUCACCACAUCUACCAGCUCCUCACUAACAAGCUCAAUUCCCGAGUCGGAAAAAUUAGAAGAAUCUCCCUUAACUGUGAAGAGUGACAUGGCUACUAUUGUCAAGGUUAUGCAGCUGCCAGACUCAGGCCUUGAAAUUCGGGACAGGAUGUGGUUAAAAAUCACCAUCUCCAAUGCAGUCAUAGGAGCAGAUGUGGUGGACUGGCUUUACACACACGUGGAAGGCUUCAAGGACCGCCGGGAGGCCAGGAAAUACGCCAGCAGCAUGUUGAAACACGGCUACCUCAGGCACACUGUGAACAAGAUCACCUUCUCAGAGCAGUGCUAUUACGUCUUUGGAGACCUCUGUGGCAAUCUGGCUGCACUGAACCUUAACAACGGUUCCAGCGGUGCCUCAGACCAGGACACCCUGGCUCCACUCCCACACCCCGCUGCUCCCUGGCCCCUGGGCCAAGGAUAUCCCUACCAGUAUCCUCUGCCCCCUCCUUGUUUCCCACCAGCAUACCAAGACCCAGGCUUUAGCUAUGGCAGUGGCAGUGCAGGCAGCCAGCAAAGUGAAGGGAGCAAAAGCAGCGGCUCCAACCGGAGCACCAGCGAGACCAGCAGGAGAGCCGUGGGCAGGGAGAAGGAGCGCAAGUCCGGGGGCAGCGGCAGCGAGUCGGAGCCCGCGGCGCGGCGGGAGCGGCCGCUCAGCCAGCUCAGCCAGCGCAGCCACGGCUCGGCCAGCGACAGGAGCCACCAGAGCCACCACUCGUACGGGCCCCCGGGGGUGCCCCCCUUGUACAGCCUGCCCAAGCUGGGCUCCAAGGUGUACGGCACCAGCGGCCCGCCCGGGGGGCCCCCAGUGCGCGAGCUGAGCGCCGUGCCGCCCGAGCUCACCGGGAGCCGCCAGUCCUUCCAGAAGGCCAUGGGCAACCCUUGCGAGUUCUUCGUGGACAUCAUGUGAGAGGAAGUGCCUUCAAAAGACUCUGCACAGUGGGCAAAGGGGUGGUUUUGGGGUUUUUUUGGUGGUUUUUUUUUUUGUUUUUUUUUUUUUUUGGGGUGGGGGUGGAUGGGUUGGGGUCGUUGUGGAACACUCAGUGGAAGAGGCUUGGCUGUCUUGCAUGUCACACCUUCCUGUUUGCAAGUGUGUCGCGGAAAAAAAUCGACAAAACUGAACAAAAAAAGGAAAAAGGAAAAAAAAAAAAAAAAGACAAAAAAACCACCCCCACACCCCCCCCCAAAAAAAUGAACAACAACAACAAAAUCUCCUGGGAUUGUUAAAUAUCUGCAAAUCGAUGGCGUCUUUUCUUUAUUUUUUUCCCCCCUUCCCCAUCUUGUUUUGGAUUGUGAAUGGCUGGUGUAUAUUCACAUCUUAAUGAGCUUUGGUCAUUGUGGCACCUACUUCAAUGGAAUUACUGUCUCUUUUUGGGCCGAUUGGAGGACUGUUGUUUCACAUGACUUCUAAAUUCCUGACAAUGCAUAGGAGCACUUUUAUUUUUCCCUGCUUUUUCUCUUGCAAGGACAAAACGACUGCUGGCUGGUAUCUGGGAUACUGCCUUGGAAUGCUGUUUCUUGGAUGCAUCCAUAGCUCUAAGCAGACAUGGCACCCACAAGUGCUUGGAAGGGAGCAGGAUCCAAGCAAUUCCUAGAGGAAAACAAAGCUGUGGCUACCUUCUGCUGAGUAGGGAGUAUAAAUCAAUCUUUCUUGGGUUCUUGGAGGGGUUUUUUUUUUAAAGAUAUUCUAUCAAAGGAGUGCUGGAGUCUUGCUACUGUAUGUGUUCAUUGUGCAGAACUUGUAAAGUUAUUUCCUUCAGUUAUUUCCUUAUUUCCCAGCAGUGAUUUCCCAGCUGCAGUCAGCUCCUGGGCAUUUCAGUCACAUCCCUGCUGACAGGUGUGGCUGUUCCCUCUGAAUGUGCACUUGCUUGCAGGUUGGAGGAGUUACUCCCACAGAAACAGGACAAUUGCUGCAAUUCUGUCAGCUUUUCCCUUUUGAAGGGGCUGUUUAUCCCAUUCCAGCAGAGACACUGGGAAAUCCUGGCUCCCACUGGGACGUGGCUCUUCACUCUGUUCCUUUCUUCCUUUCUGACCAGAACCUUUCUCUUUAUUUGUUCAAGCAGAGACCUGGAGAUGUCUGAUUCCCCCAGGAACAUUUCUGAGCACAGGCAGGGCUGGCUGUGGGCAGGGAGCUGUGAGGGUGUCUGAGAACAGAUCAGAAAUGGUACAAAAAGAAAUCCUUACCCCUGGCACCAAGUGAGACCCACCCUGCUGAGGAGCUCUGCCUGAAGCAGCUGCUGUUGAAUAUCCCCAAGAUUUAAUUUCUGGGUAUUUUCUGCUCUCAGGCUCUGGAAAGUAAAUUCAGGAACCUUCGGUGAUAUUUAAGAAGCUUUUUUAAGGUAUGGUGAGCACAGCCACCCUCUGCCACAGUGGCUCAUUUAAUGGGACACGAGCUGCAGCCACUCAGUGGCAUUUGAUCAUGGGGCCAUCCCUUGGUUAAAUCCUCUUCUCUGAGAUCCCUGCUGCUGGCAGGAUUUAGGACAGGUGCUUUAAAAUCAGUCUUGACUGUAAAUAAGCAUUUCACUGGUGAGAAGCUUCUUUUUGGUCUGUUCCAUGCUUUUUGGGUAAAUAUCCAAGGUGGAUGUGAAAAGAGAACAUCUUUCUCUCUGUACACACACAGUUCAUUUAUCACCCUGAAAACUGACUCUCCUAACUGUCCAUUUCAUUCUGGUCUUUCACUUCUUCUCCUUUUCCCACCUCUGUGCAAACACCUCCCUCUGUCAGAGAUUCCAGGUGUUUGUGUUGAUGGGAGACUCAAUUUCUCCUUCCACAGGGAGCCAGGCAUUUGGGAAGCUGUGUCACUCAGCCCAUUUCUGGGCUUCUAAAUUGAUUUUCUUUACAAAAACCUCCCCCAAAAAAGCUGCCCAGGGUUUCUGAAAGCAGAGCUUUCAUUACCAUCCAUGGAUGGCUCCUCAAAAAAAGUGGCCCUGCCUAAAGUCCUGUACAACAGGACCUUUCUUUUCCUUCCCUCCUCCUCCUCCCAGCUGCACAAGAUGCAAACUUGACUUGGUAAAUUAUUCUGAAAGAUUGACACUUCAAGCAACGAAGCAAAUCAGGGUAAAAUAAUGGUGGAAUUCUGCUCUGUCUCCAGGAGACAGCGUUGAGGAGUCUGUGACUUUACUGACAAUCACUAGUGGUUCUACUUUGAAAUUAAUUGAAACUUUUCUGGCCUCUUAUAAAUUAUGAUUUCUCUGGCCCUGUUUAAGGCAGAACUCAGAGGGCUGGAGGAAAAAAAAGUCUCCUUUUAGUAUUUCCAAAAGGGAUUAAAGCUGGGGGCUGAGCUUUCACCCGUGUUUAAUUUCCUCGUGUCUUUUCCAAGAGUUGCAGUUUACACACCUGCUGGGGGUUUUGUUUUGUCUCGUGGUUUUGCUGUUGGCAGAAACUGUUCUGUGUCUUGCUGGUCUUUGCUGCUAUGUUGAAAAAUGGCUGUGUUCUAAACGUGUGUGCUCAUGGGUCACUCUGGAGCGAGGCUGGGGAUCCAUAACACGUGGGAAAGCGUUUGCUGAGGAAAUCAGGCUGGAGGAGCUUCACCCACUGCAGCUAAAGGAUGCUCUGGGUGUUGUUCCAGCUGGAUCCUGCUGUUUCCAGAGAGAGUAGGAGGGAGCAGUGCCCCUCUUGAACAGUGCAAUAUUGAACAGCAACCCAAAAAACCUGCAUUUCCCCACCGUGGAGAGGCUGGGCUGAGGCAGUGCAAGGUUGGGCCUGAAUCUUGGCCAGAUCUCCAUUUCCACAAGGGAACAGAGGCAGGAGAUUUCCCAGAUCCCAUCCUUUCAGUGCAUGUGCAUGUGUCUUUCCAACCAGGGGGCCCCGGGAGCUCCCUGUGCCGCUUUCUCCUGUUGGGCACAGCAUUCCCUGCAGGAACACGUGCCACUGGUGCCAGUGGAGCUGCUCACGGAGGCAUUUGUGCCAGGUGGAAGGAAACUUGGGGGCUGGAGUGCUGCAGGCCCACCUGUUUCUCUCCUACCAGGGCCUGAAAUUUAGUUUUGGUUUAAUGGCCCUGGAGUGCUGUGGCUCCAGGGAGAGGUUUGCUGUGCAGGGCAUGGAAAUGCCCUCACAACAGGAGCCUGAAGUAAUUUGGCAUUUUUAUUCUGUGCUCUGCAGCUGAGCUCAAUGCUCACACAUCCCUGCCUCAGAUCCAGCAGCGGGGAUGUCUGGAGGAUCAUGGAAAAGGGUGAGGAAACACUUUGGGAUGACAUCUCCCACCCACAGGAGGCAGGAUCUCCACCCAGUAUUUUAACUCUGAGGAGUAAAUUCUUUUAGCAAAUAGUCUUAAAAGCAUGCUGGUGUCUUUUACCUCCUGUUAAUGGAUCUGCUUUUCCAAGGAAACAGUCCCCUGGACACUUUAUCCAAAGGUUUUAUUGGAUGGCAAGCAAUGAUGCACAGACGUUGACUUUUGCUAUGAUUUUUGUUCUCUCCAAAAUGGGCAGUCCCCUCCUGAGACUUGACAGCUCAUGGGUUGAUGUAAUUGUUUUGGGGUUUUUUUGUUUGUUUGUUUGUUUUGCAUUUAACUGGAUUGUAAUAAGAUUGACUUAAAAUUAUUAAUUCUAAUCAGUGAUUAGAAAUACAUGUAAAGAAUUUUAUGUACAGUAGAGGAACAAAGUUACAUGAUUUUAAAUAAUGAAAAACCCAGACUAUCACCUAUCCUAGAAUUGGUUCUACUCAAAGAGUGACCUCUUAUUAGCAUGGACUGCACUGUUCCUGUUAAAUGUCUAUUGCAUAAUUGAAUUCUUUUUUGUAGAUAUUGUAUUAAAACCCAAGUGUCUGUAUAGUUAAUAUAUAGCUGCUUAUGUGUAAAUGCUAUUUUAAACACUAAAAAGCUUUUAAUUUUAUGUGAUAA